AUGAUCCUUUUUUCUUCUCUUCUCUUAGUCGCAAAUGCUGGAAAUUCCUGCAUUCCUUCUCAUUUUCACUUCACGGGCAAAUAUGGAACCGUCAACUCAUUUCGAGCAAAAAUCAUCCAUGAUAGCACUUACAAAGAGAUCGUUCAAAAGUGCGAAAGUGCGGGUAUGAACCUUCCCGAACCAAUGACACAGGAGUUCAAUGACGCUCUUGUCGAGUUCUGGGUCAGCAACGACCGAUGGAUGGGCGAUCUCCCAGUCGGAAUCGCUGCUGACUGGAAAGCUCUUUCGUCUGGAGAACCAGCUUUAUUCAAACAGUUCAAGAGCCCACGACCAAUUAUUGGCCAAAUUGAUCACUACGCUGUGAUGAACAAGAAUGGCGAAUGGCAUGCAGAUACGAACGAGGACAGAGUCUUCCCUAGAGCCCUGUGUUUAUCCAAAGAGGGAGGCACAAAAUUUGAAGGUCAUUCAAUUAAUGUUAGUGAAAGUCACGAUCCCUGCUUUGGCAAAGAAAACUGCGAGACUUUUAUCAACUCUUGCGAAACCUACCCAAUUCCUUCGGACAAAAUCUCGACAAUCGAGGCAACUGUUAACUUCAAAUCGUCAAUCGAUAUUCAAUGCAGCCAUGGAAUGCCGAAUGGAAGAUGGUUGAACAUCUUUCACAUUAGCGCUGGAGGAGAGAUAGGACAACCGGGCGAUCGCUUCUUCGCUGCAUGGAGAUUCCCUCAUGAUGAGCGGUUGCACUUCGCCCUUGGCGCGCCAGAAGGAGGAUUCGCCAAGUACAAAAACUUGAACUGCGUUGAUGGCGAAUGGAACAAGUACACUCUUGAGCAAAGACAAGUUCCAGAUUCUCUAAACACCGUGAUGCUGAUUUUUUCAAGGGACGAUGAAGUUCUUCUGACCGGAUAUUACGGUGUCAAAGAUGUCUUCACCGGAUCUGUUGAUGUUUUCUUAUCAAGAAGACCAAGUUUGAGAGAAAUCGCUUCUGACUACGCUGUUCGAAAGUUUUACUACCAAAAAUUUCCCGAAAUUGAGCCCGAAGAGUGUACCAAUCGUUCUGACCCAUGUAAAGGACUUGAAAAUUGCCAAACUUUCAUCGACUCCUGCACCUCAAACCCAUCAACGACCAAUAAAAUUGGAACAAUCGAAGCCACUCCGAAUUUCAGAACCGCUAUCGAUGUUCAAUGUACACAUGGCAUGAGUGAAAUAGGAAAGCCAGGUGAUCGAUUCUUCGCUGCAUGGAGAUUUCCGAGCGAUGAACGACUUCAUUUUGCUCUUGGUGUUCCCGAAGGAGGAUUUGCCAAGUAUCAAAACCUCAAUUGCAAUGAUGGCGAGUGGAACACAUAUGUUCUCGAGCAGAAACAAGAUCAAGAUGACCCGAAUGUCGUCGUCUUGAGCUUUUCUAUUGACGGAAAUAAAAUUGCCUCGUAUACUUAUGCUACUUCAGCGGUUCUCUCGGAGCAAGACGGACGAUAUGCCAACAUCGACGAAGCUCAAUUUGGAAACAACCAUGGAGUUGCUGAGGCUUUAGACACCACGACAGGGGAGACUGUAAUUGUUAAAGCGACUCUGCUUCAGAACGCUGAUCAUUGGAGAAAUACGCAACAAGAAGCUGCUACUCUUCGAGAGCUGGAUCACGCAAAUGUGGUCCGAUUUGUCGAUUUUCUUGAUCGACAAAUGCCGGAUUGGGCAUUUGGCUCAAUGUGUUUCAUUAUCAUGGAACAUUGCGGUGGGGGCAGUCUUGCCGAUUGGAUCGAGAAAAUGAAAGAUGUUGGACGGAAACCAACGAUGGACGAAGCCACUCUUGUCGGCGCUCAGAUCAUAUCUGGUCUGAGCUAUUGCCACGAGAAGAACAAGCUUCACCUUGAUAUGAAGCCGGAAAAUUUGUUUCUCCUUUCCGACUUUAUAACGGUGAAGCUCGGUGACUUCGGGAGCGCACUUUCGAUCCGCUCCGUUCAGGAGUCCAUGACAACGUCCAGCGGCGAUCCCAUCAAAUGCACUCCUCUUUAUGCUGCGCCUGAAAUCCUGAAGGAAAAAGAGGGAACGUCCAGCGAAAAGGAAAAGAAAUCGCCAAGAUUAGAUGUUUGGGGUUUCGGUCUUAUCUUGCAGGAGGUGCUGACAUUGGAACAUCCUUUUGGACGAGUUGAUGGUCGACAAGCUUUCAAAACUGAGAUUCUGACGAACAUUCAAGUCGGAAAUCGAACGACACUUUUUGAAAUCUUCGGUGAAACCGAUGAAUAUGAAGAAUUUGAAAUCCUCCUUCAAAAAUGCACUCAUCCCGAUCGCAAAAGACGACCAAGAAACGCGAUAAAACUUCGCGACGAAGAUCUCUUCGUUGAUUUCUUGCAGCGAAUCGAAAAUGGCGAGAGACCAAGCAACAUUGUUCCUCCUCCCUUUCCGAAUGAAAAUGAUGACGUUCAGAGGCUCAAAGAGGAGAUCGAGCAAAAGGACAGGACGAUCGUUGAGUUGCAGAAUCGACUCAACACUUUCAACGAAAUCAUGGACUAUCGACUCAGAGAAGAAGCGAAGCAAAAGGAUGAAAAAAUCGCUAAGCAAAAUCGAGAAAUCGAGCAACUAAAACGUGAAAACAGAUCUGUAAAGCAAGAACACGUAAAUUUGAAGAAACUCAAUUCCGAAUUGGAGCAAAAUUUCGAGUACUCUAGCAAAAUCAUCGACGAGCUGAAAAUGAAAACCGAAUCUGAGCGAAAAGAACGAGAAAAUGAUCUGGAAAAGGCGAAACGAGAAAUUGCAAGUCUCCGGUCACUUUUGAUCGAAGAAAAUGAAAGAAAUCACCGAGAAAGUGCAAAUCAAAAAUUGGAAAAUGAAAGAGUUGGACUUGAAUCGAGAGAACAGCGAAGAAACAAUCAGCCAGUUGCGAAAAACGAAUUUUUUGAGCAUCUUAAUUGGGACGUCGCAGAGGCAGGUUGGCACUUAGUGUUCAAAAGUGCUUUGAAAGAUAAAGGAGGAGAUGGCUGGUUCUACUUAUCCCUCUGGAAUAACGAAGGCGGCAUAAGAUUCAAAGCCAUCGCGCAACAAAUUCUUUGGGAAACUGGAGAAGAGUCGAAUCGGAAAGAAAUCGAAAGCCAGGCGGAUGGACCACGGCAAACCAUCAAAUAUCGGUACUGCGAAACUCGAACUCGUUGGAUUGAUUAUGUUAGAUUCAAUGUUUAUUUUGACGCUCAUUAA